CUUCUCCCAGACGGAGCAUCACAACUUAACCAAGUCUAUGGCAUCACAAUCUAUCCGACACAACAUCGAUCCUUUCUACAGCGCGGAUACCCGACUGUGACAGUUCAAGAGACUACAUGGGAUCGCAGAAUGAAAAUUGGUCGGAAAUGCUACGCUUUCGAGCCUAGGGGGGCCUCAGGUCGCUCAGAUGACUCUUCUCACAUUGAUCAUGCUUUGGCUUGCACACCGAAGGAUGGGGAAUCGACUGACUGCAAAGCUCCGAGGCCUUUUAUAUUGGAUAACAAACCGGACGGUCAGCAGUCCCAACAGCCCUACGGGUUAUCGGGUUGCCCCGCUACUACAUCUCAAGCCCAGCACGAACAUGCCUUCAAUGCCCAGGAAGGUCUUUCUUAUAGAGUAUCACGGAAAGAAACAUCAGAUGUUAUGCCGUCUCAUGAAAUGGAAACCCUUGGAGAAACAAAACUUUCAUCCCCCGAUGAGAAUGCUUUGGAGGUGCUGGGAGAUGCAGAAACGAAUCCAAUCUUACUCCCAGAGAGUGCGUGCUGGGACCAGAUUUCCGGGGCGAAAUCGCAGAAGGAAUUACUUCGUUCAGGUGAUAAAACAACGGUAAAGUCUUCGAAGAGGCCUGCCGAGGAAAACAAGGUCUUCCAGAAGAGGAGUCGUACUGAUGUGCCAAACGAUACGAAGAAAAGGCUCGAGACAUUUGCUUGUCCUUACUACAGAAAAGACCCGGAGCGGUACUUUGAUUGCAUUAACCUUAGGUUGAUUCGAAUAUCAGAUGUUAAGCAACACUUGAAGAGGCGGCAUACGUGGAGUUAUUCGUGUUCCAGAUGCUUUAGGGGAUUUUCGUUGCAGAAAACAUAUGAGGAGCAUGUCCUGCAGCGGGACUGUCCAAUCAAGGACUGUAUAAACAAUGACAGCGUUUCUCCGGCUGCACAAAAAACACUCAAGGACCGUGUUGAUAGGAGUUCGUCUCCUGAACUCCAAUGGCAUGAAAUAUGCAGGGUUUUAUUUGGAAAAGUCGGUGACGCACUGAACCCACACCACGACGGUGUUUUCAAGGAGAUAACAGGGAUUAUGCGUGGUAUAUGGAGAGACGAGGAGCAUAACAUCAUCGCUAGUUUGAGGGAUACGCAAAAUGUUCCUUGCGCUGAUCAGCUGCGCCCCUUACUGUCCGAAAUCCUUACCAGAGUUGAAGAUUGUUUCGAACAGAAAGAGCAGAAAGCCCCAAAAGAGAAUUUGAAAGAACCAACCGAUAUAAUUCAAGAUACCCAUAAGGGGGCUCUGCAAGGAGGAAAGACAGGGCAUGCUUGCGAGCCUCCUUCGGGGGCUAGCAGUAACAUGCUUAACACUGGGCCGAUCGAAGUUGUAGAGCCUGUCGGUCUACCAACGCAAGAAUGGCAUUUCUCAGAAGACUUCGACACUUCCAACACUUCAAAUUACACCUUCAACUGUCUUAUGCCUCCUCAGUAUCAGAGCCAGCAGUUUGAGUACUCUUAUAUUGAUCUCUCAACCAGCUUGCUGCAUUCGAAUAUUGGGAUGGAUUGGCAUCUGAUGGGCCCAAAUAACGAUAUAUCAAUGGAAAAUUUCAUGUCCUCUCAGAGCUCUAUGGAGAGCUGUUUAUCUCCAGAGGAUUACAUCUGUUCAGGUCAGAUGCCGAAGGACUUCUGA